GCGCAGGCGCGCUUCCUCCUCCUCCUCCCCAGGGUUGGUGGCGAGCCAAGAUGGCGGCGCCCUGCGCGUUCGAGCCGUGGCUGGAGGGGCGCCUGGCUGCACUGGGUCUCGACGGGGACGUGUACGGCGGGUACAUACGGGGCGUGCUGCGCGAGGCCGAGUGCGACGCCGAGCGGCUGGAAGGGCUGGCGGGGGCGCUGGCGGCGGGGGAGCAGGUGAGCGCGACACCCACCGCAUUGCAGCGCGAGGGGAGAAACCGAGGGGGAAAGGGGGCCGAGGCGACCCGGGCAGUCGCGGGUGCCGCCUCUCUGUUCUGGAGCUUAUUUCGCCCCUGGAAGCCAGGUUCUCCCGUGAGUGACUUCUGAGGGAGGGAGCUGAUCUGGAUAGCGAGGAGUGGGUUCGAUUCCUCCCCACAGGGCCGGCCCUGCCAUGGGGGCAGCUGCCUCGGGCGGCCAGUUGUGAGGGGUGGUCGAAAGGUGCCUAGAAAAGUGCAGCAGUCUAGCCCCCAGAUCUUGCUUUCUGCCUUCACGUGGCUGGCAUGCCAGGGAAGCAACUGUUUUGGGUGACAUGCACCUCCCACCCCACCAGGGUGCUGGACCCGAUCUGUGUCUUGCCCCAGGCGCCGAAAGGUCUCUGCAUAUAUAAUAAUAAUAAUAAUACAGUCACACCUCGUGUUGCAGACGCUUCAGGUUGCGUGUUUUCGGGUUGCGCACCGUGCCGAAUCGCAACCCGCCCGUGCGCACACGCGGCGCUGCAGGUUGUGAACGCUGCGGGUUGUGAAUGUGCCUCCUGCAAGGAUCACGUUCGCAAGCUGAGAGUCCGCUAUAAUAAUAAUAAAUUUAUUUAUACCCCGCUCAUCUGACCAGGCCUCUCCAGCCACUCUGGGCGGCUCCCAACAUGAUAAAACAUCAAGCAUUAAAAGCAUAAGUUAGCUUGAACCAGACAGAACUAUUUGUGAGGGUUUUUUGGGGGGGUGGGGGAUCUCAGUCAAUAUAAUAAUAAUUUAUACCCUGCCCAUCUGGCUGGGUUUCCCCAGUCACUCUGGGCGGGUCCCAACAGAAUAUUAAAAACACGAUGAAACAUCAAACAUUAAAAAACUUCCCUAAACAGGGCUGCCUUUAGAUGUCUUCUAAAUGUCAGGUAGUUGUUUAUCUCUUUGACAUCUGAUGGGAGGGCGUUCCACAGGGCGGGCGCCACUACCGAGAAGGCCCUCUGCCUGGUUCCCUGUAGCUUCACUUCUCACAGUGUCUGGGCUGGGACCUCAGUGUCUGGGCUGAACGAUGGAGGUGGAGAGGAUGCUUCAGGUAUACUGGGCCAAGGCCAUUUAGGGCUUUAAAGGUCAGCACCAACACUUAAUUGUGCUCGGAAACAUACAGGACAGGGGUAAAAUGGUCUCGGUGGCCACUCGCAGUUAGCAGUCUAGCUGCCACAUUCUGGAUUAAUUGUAGUUUCCGGGUCACCUUCAAAGGUAAAGGUAAAGGUAUCUCUGACUGUUAGGUCCAGUCACGGACGACUCUGGGUUGCGGCGCUUAUCUCGCUUUAUUGGCCGAGGGAGCCAGCGUACAGCUUCCGGGUCAUGUGGCCAGCAUGACUAAGCCGCUUCUGGCGAACCAGAGCAGCGCACGGAAACACCAUUUACCUUCCCACCGGAGAGGUACCUAUUUAUCUACUUCACUUUGAAGUUGCUAGGUUGGCAGGAGCAGGGACCGAGCAACGGGAGCUCACUCCAUCGCGGGGAUUCGAACCGCCGACCUUCUAAUCGGCAAGGCCUAGGCUCUGUGGUUUAGACCACAGCGCCACCCACGUCCCUUCUUCAAAGGUAGCCCCAUGCAAUGAGUCUUGUGUGGUGUAUUGGCUAAAAAGGCUCAUAUAAUCAUUGUACAGUUUGAAGGGGUCCCGAGGGUCAUCUAGUCCAACCCCCCUGCAAUGCAGAAAUUUCAACACACUGGUCCUGGUCCUGAUCUAGCUUCUUGUCAUGAACUUGGUUGGUAUGUUGGUAUCCUUUUUAAGCCUCCCGCAACCAGCUCCCCCUCCACCCGUAUCUGCAAUGUGGGGACAAUGCUGAUCUACCUUGCAGGGUUGUCGUAAGGGUUCCAAAGAGAUAAUAGCCCUCCCCAGGUGUUCAAACUUAUUCAUGGGUCCGUGGUGGUGAGUCCUGUCUUCUCUCUUGUUGUGUUUCCUCGGCCCCCUGUGGGUUGAAGGGUGAGCUUCUGAAACAUGGAGGACCUGUACUCAUUGAGGCUUCUUGCGUUAUUGGGAGGUUCCCCCACUUCAUUCAUCUCAUAGGACCAGGUUGGUAGACUGUGAAUGCCAGCCAUUUUCUUUUAUCAGAUAAUUCUCUCCAUGAGUUGUAACUCCCAUCAUGCUUCAGAGAGAGAGAGAGCAAAGAUCUUGUAUUUUGUAUUACCACAACAUUCAUCAGUCUGUGGACCUGAAGAGUGUUUCGCUCUGUGAAUUAGUCUCUUUACCUGCACUCGGGCAUAGCAUACCAUACAAAUAUAAACAUGUUACAGACUUGUGAUGUACAAAGUAAAAAUAAAGAGCAAAGUAGCUUUAAAGCAGGCUUCUUCAACCUCAGCACUCCAGAUGUUUUGAGACUACAAUUCCCAUCAUCCCCGACCACUGGUCCUGCUAGCUAGGGAUAAUGGGAGUUGUAGGCCAAAAACAUAUGGAGGGCCGAGGUUGAGGAAGCCUGCUUUAAAGUGUAUCAAUCUCUCUUAUUUAUUUAUUCAAUUUGUAUACCACCCUAUACCUGCAGAUCUCAGGGCGGUUCAUAACAUAAAACUACAAUAUUAAAAAACACAAAAUACAUAAUAAAAACAAAAACAACUAAGCUAAACUUUUUGCUACACCUUGGUUAAAUUCUGGGAGGGCUAUGAGGGCUUAAAAAAAAAUUGGCCAGGGGGCAGGUCCAGGUUUGGCAUUCCAAGCCUCCCAAGUUGUCUCUUACUGUGUCUUUGUGAUGGACAAGCCUUUUUCUUCCACUGACAGGCAUCUUUUCUUUUAAUCAGGAUGAAGAUGUACUACAAGAAGUUUGCAGAGAAAUAGUUGAAAGGUGGUCAAAGGCCCAAAAUGAUGGAAGUAAUGAAAAGAAAGAAGGUAUUUCACAUUCCUUUUGGCAUCACUGGAGUGGUUGCUGGAUGCUUUCUGCGUGGCUUUCAACUUAUUGGAUCAAAACUUUAAAGUCUUUUCUCCCAUAUCUGCCCUUACCCUAUUUGUUAUUUCCUAUUUCCCUCCCCCUUGAUCUGUCAGGCAUCUGUUCCCUGGAACAAUAACGGAAGCUUUUUAGAAAAAUUGUUUUCACUCUGCAGAUGAGGCUCUCUUGCACACACUGUCUUGUCAGGAGGUCUUGUUCAGCACAAUGUAGGAAUUGGGCCUUUAGUGUUGUGGCAUCUGCCCUUUGGAAUUCUCUCCCCUUGAAUAUUAGACAAGCACCGUCUCUGUUGGCUUUUCAGCACCUACUGAAGCCCUUCCUCUAUCCAACAAGCUUUUUAAAUUGAGAUCUUUCUCAGCCUGCACCUUUAUUGGAAUUGUUUAUAAUAAUUUUUUAAAAUGCUUUAUUGUUUGUCUGCCUCAGCUCCUUUGCAAGGAAGGACAGGAUAAAUAAAACAAAUAAGUAAAAUAAAAUAAAUCUGAAGAACAAUUACAGAUUAAAGGAAAAAUUACCCCCUAUUCUAUAUUGCAUGCAUUUCCUAUAAUUUAUUAUUAUUAUUUUUUGGUGGCACUCAUAUACCACUCCAUAACACAGUUAUCUGGGCAGCUUGCAGUAAAAACAGUGUAUAUAUAAAAUAAAAUAUUAAAACAUAAAUUCAAAACUAUAGCAGUACAACUAAACCAACAGUACUUGAGACCUACAUGAUUAUAAACAAUAGACUUAAGAAGGAUUUUUCAGCCUUCUGUGAAUAAAUGGCAGAAAGGUUUAUUAGUUAUCGAGAAGUUAAUAGGUUUAUCUGUUUGAUAAAAGUUUGAUAUUUUUCCAUAGGUCUGGCUAUAACAGAACAUUGGUUUUUGCCUUCGAAAAUACAAAAGAUGUAUGGUACAGAAAGCAGAUGUUGGUACUGCAAAGCAGCAACAGGAGACUUGAGCCACUUGUGGUGGGAAAACAUUUAACGUUACUGGAGAAUUAUUACACAGAUAAUAGGAGCAAUGCUAGUAAUGCAAUAUGCAGUCCUGUGAUAUGUUUCCUUAAUCAUGUAAAAUACUGUAAUGUGCUGCCUGAUCAAUAGGCUCCUCUUUUAAUCUACAAGCUAAGGAAAUACAAAGAUGGUCUUGAUUUCACGUGUGUAAAAUGACAAAUUUAAACACUAAUAUAUUAUGAACGCUUGUAUGUACAACACUUGCGUAUAAAUACAUAUGGAUGUAAUGAUGUUUACAUAUUUUUAAAAAUCAAAUUAUUUAAGAGUAGUAGGAAUAUGCCUAGUGUUCUUAAAAUGACUUGGGUCUGACCUUCAUCUUUCAUGAUUUCUGUGUUCAGCUCAAAGCAGCAUUUUAUGCUGCCCUCCAUGUGUCAUCAGAGCUUGAAUAUCUUCUGGAAGUGAUGCAAGAUUUGAAAAAUGCAUUUCGGGCAAGCAAUUUGGGAUGAGUUGGGCGAGAAGUUAUUUUAGGGGCCUGCUUAAAAUACCAAACUGUUUUGAUGUUGAUUCCAAACGUUACUCGCCUUGUGCUUAAAAUAGCACAUGAAAACUGGCCACAAGCUGUUCCUCUCCAGUAUCUUGGCUGUGCUGUAACUACAGAACAUAAGCCCCCAAGGGUGAGAUUCAAAUAGGACUCAGCUCGCCUAUGUGUGUUUCCAAGCACAAUUCAAAGUGUUGGUGCUGACCUUUAAAGCCCUAAACCGCCUCGGCCCGGUAUACCUGAAGGAGCGUCUCCACUCCCAUCGUUCUGCCCAGACACUGAGUUCCAGCUCCGAGGGCUGCGAAAAGUGAGGUUACAGGGAACCAGGCAAAGGGCCUUAAUGGUAGUGGCACCUGCCCUGUGGAACAUCCUCCCAUCAGAUGUCAAGGAAAUAAAAAUAAACAACUAUCUGACUUUUAAAAGACAUCUGAAGCAAGCCCUGUUUAGGGAAGUUUUUUAACGUUUGAUAUUUUAUCAUGUUUUUAAUAUUCUGUUGGGAGCCGCCCAGAGUGGCUGGGGAAACCCAGCCAGGUGGGCAGGGUAUAAACCUUGUUGUUGUUGUUGUUGUUGUUGUUGAAGGGUGAUCAUGGACUUCUCUUUCUUUACCCUUGCUUUGUCCCCUUUCCUUCCCAGAUGAGAUCCAAGCUAUAGCUAACAUAAUUGAAAAACAGGCACAAAUCGUGGUGAAGCCCAAAGAGGUCGCCAAGGAAGAGACACUACAGAAGGCUGCCCUCCUGGCACAGUAUGCUGAGGUGACAGAUGAUGAGGAAUAUCCUUUGUGCUGCAAAUUCCCAAAUCAUGUUGAAUCUACUCUCUGGCUGGCUGAUCCAUUAACUCUGGGGCUGGAGUCCAUGGGUUCCUUUCCCCCUCUAUUAUUAUUAUUAUUAUUAGUUAGUUAGUUAGUUAGUUAGUAAGUAAGUAAGUAUACAGUGGUACCUCGGGUUACGUAUGCUUCAGGUUACAUACGCUUCAGGUUACAGACUCCGCUAACCCAGAAGUAGUACCUCGGGCUAAGAACUUUGCUUCAGGAUGAGAACAGAAAUCGUGCUCCGGUGGUGUGGCAGCAGCAGGAGGCCCCAUUAGCUAAAGUGGUGCUUCAGGUUAAGAACAGUUUCAGGUUAAGAACGGACCUCCGGAACGAAUUAAGUACGUAACCAGAGGUACCACUGUACUUCCCUAUGCCCGCAGGUCUCAGGGAGGUCACAACAUAAAAUCACAAUUUAAAAACACAGAGUGUGUAUAUAUAUAUAUAUAUAUAUAUAUAUAUAUAUAUAUGCACAACCCAAUAAUCCUCCUCCUUCCCAACACAUUUUAAAAGAGCAUUGGAUGUUGGUCAGCCAAAGGUCUGUAUGAAGAGGAAUGUUUUUGCCGGGCGCCUAAAGGUGUAUAAUGAAGGUGCCAGCCGAACCUCCCUAGGGAGAGCAUUCCGCAGACAGGGGGGUCACUGCAGAAAAGGCCCAUUCUUUCGUUGCCAUCCUCUGGACCUCAUGGAGGAGGUGCACAAAGAAGGGCCUCAAAAGAUGAUCUUGGGGUCCGCAUUCCUAUGGAGAGAAGCCCUUGAGGUCUUUAUAGCCUGCUCUGCCCCAUGAACUUAGUUUACAGUAUACAGUAAAUUACAGUAUACAGUGGAACCUUGGUUCUCAAAGGGCGUAGUUGACGAACAAAUCGGCUCCCAAAUGCCGAAAACCUGGAAGUAAGUGUUCUGGUUUUCGAACUUUUUUGGGGAGCUGAACAUCUGAUGCGGCUGUCAGCUAUUGUUUCCGGGUUGCCUGUGCCAAUCGGAAGCCGCACCUUGGUUUUCGAACAUUUCGGGAGUCAAAUGGACUUCCGAAAUGGAUUAAGUUCAAGAAUCAAGGUUCCACUGUACAUGAAUAUUUAUAGUAAAGUUCUCUGCCUUGGACUCUAAGAACAUUCACUGUGGGUCAGUGUGUGUAUUAAUGGGUUAAUGAGGGGUAAUAAGAGAUCUGAAACUGUCCCUUAAAACAGAUUUCAACAACGGCAGUCCAUCAGAUGGAAAAUAGGUUUUUAUUUCAUUGCAGUACGCACCAUUACAUUGGCAGCCUGUGAUUGUCACAUAUCCAACUGGUGCGGACUGGUCAGGCAAACUAACAGAAAAAAUUGCUUUGAGAUGCUGUGAUGAGUGCAAGUGCAGAUGGCUUCCAAAACGGACUAGACACAAUCAUGAACAUCAGGCUUAUUGUUGCCUAUGAGCUGUAAUGGCUAGGAAUCUGAUUGUCAGCUUCUGAGAAGAAGCAGAGGUUGGAUAUCUCCUUCUUGCCAUACUCCUCAAAUGUCUUCAGAAUAUUCUGGCAAUGGGGAAUCAGAUUUCAGUGUCUUAUAUGGCUUCACAGUCAUUUUUUGGGGGUUGUGGUCAUGCCGUGUCGUCACCAGAACAUCUCUCCCACCACAGCAUUCCUUAUCACCCAAAUCUUAAUUAGUGACCAAAUGCCCUUAACUCGGCGCACUGAAGCAGAUGGCGAAGAUGAUCCUGGGGCAGCAGCAGUGACCGUCAGUUCCGAAAAAUGUAUCCUUACAAAUAGGGUAUUCUGAGGCCACAAUAUUAUUAGUAAUGUGAGAUGGGGAAUGUUGACUUAUUUGAGAACAAAAGUGGGGUAGUAAUUGGCAGGGAAUACUGGGUCUGAGGGGGUAGCAAUUGUAUAUAGUAUGGAAUCUCUGGAAGGAAAUCUUGAGAAGGCAAGGAUGAAACAAUCUUACUGGGUGGUGAUUGGGUUGCAAGCUGUAGAUAGUGAGUUAUGGAGUCGUUUUAUAUCUGCUGUUAUAGGAAAAAAUCUGCCAGUAGUCGGAUGCUGGUCUAGCUUGGUUUCAUGUGUUUCUUGUAAGCUAAAUUGGCCUGGUUACUGUAGCUCAUACGACAAAUAUUACAGGUAAUUUAUAUAGCACUUCCUAAUUUCCAAGUUGCUAUACAGUCGUACCUCUUGUUACGUUUGCUUCAUGUUACAUUUUUUCAGGUUGCGUCCUGCGGCAACCCGGAAGUACCGGAAAGGGUUACUUCCGGGUUUCGCCACUCACACAUGUGCAAACGCGCAAAAUGACAUAAUGCGCAGAAGCAGUGAAUCGCAACCUGCGUGUGCGCAGGCGCGCUGCUGUGGGUUGCAUUCCUUUCAUGUUGUGAAUGGGCCUCCGGAACGGAUCCCUUUCGCAACCAGAGGUGCCACUGUAUAGUUUUCAUUGUAUUACCUCUCAGUACAAGUGAGGUUGGUUGAGAUAAAGUCAAUGGAAAUCAAGGGUAUAGAUGAGGAAAAUGUGGGAAUUGAAUGCAGGGAUCCCAGACUCUAAAUCAUGGGUUAGCAAACUAAGACCUGGGGGCCGGAUUCGGCCCAAUUGCCUUCUGGAUCCGGCCCGCGGACGGUCCGGGAAUCGCCACGUGGAUCGGCAUGGGGAUUCUGAUCGUUUGGGCUGUGCGAUUCCCGCCCCCCCUACACCACGGCAGCGCCUCCUCCCUCCCUCCUCCUGGCUUCUUCCCGCCCUGCCUAGAGGAGGAAGGGGGCUGGGCUUUGUUGAGUCACGGUUGGCUGAGCACCAUUUUAAGCAGCCCCUCUCUGGAGCAAGCCCUUUUGCGCCACUUAUUGUCCUGCCGCCGCCAUUCGCAAGGCACAGGUGCUGCGGUUGGCUGAGCGCUAUUUAAAGCAGAGCAGCCCCUCUGGAGCCAGCCGUUUCAUGCUGCUCAUCGUCCCUCUGUGCCGCCAGUCCCUGCUGCUCGCAUGGCACAGGUAAGCAUCCACCAGGGCUCAUCCGGUGCUGUGGAGAAGGGAGGGGAGAGUCGUGGGGGGGAUUUACCCCCCAAAAAAAUAUAGUCCAGCCCCCCACAAGGUCUUAAUGACAGUGGGCUGGGCCCCUGCAGAAAAAGUUUGCUGACCCCUGCUCUAAAUCUUUCCAUGAACCAGCUUUGGUCAGUUGUUUUGAUGUGCCAGUCGCAGGAAGAAUGAUGCUCAUAAUUCACUCUGUGUGUCGAGUUCCUUGUUCUCCUCAACUCCCUCCUUGUCAGCUCUGUUCAGAAACACAAACCUGGAAGCCGUUAUGAAUGCCCGGAAGCUGGAAAGAGAGCAUCUGCGGGACGAGUCGCAUCGGAAGAAGGAGCAAGACAAACUCCAGCGGGAGAAGGACAAGUUGGCAAAGCAAGAACGUAAGGAGAAAGAGAAGAAGAGAACACAGAAAGGCGAGAGGAAGCGGUAGCGCGGAACUACAGCUGGACUCUUCUCUUUUCUUCCCUCCCCUCCCCUCUGUCUGUUAUAUGGCACAGCAUGCACGCAGACCCAGAGUGCUCAGAGGAAGGAAUCCUUUCAAACACUUUGGUGUGUGGGCUUUCAAAGCUGCAGAUCUGUCCCAGGCAAGGACUGUGGGGAGGGGUGAAGGGAGUCCUCUGAAGCACUGAAAGAAAACUACACACAUUUUUCUUGUCCAAUUUGUUGGGCUCAGUGGUCGUGGCCAACAUCUGUAACCAAAGAACUGUGUGGUGGCUGCCUUCCCCCUCCCCUCGUCACUUUCUAUUUUUAUUAACUACAUAUGGGGAAACUGUAUGGCUGAGGGAAAUAUUUGGAAACCCCUUUAUAUAUUCACUCUAGCCAAAGGUUGCUUUUGGUUGGUGGAACUGUGAAUGAAACCCAGUUUCCUACGUAUGUACGCCAGGGAGAGGCAACACCCUUUAUGAAGUUGAAUUAAGAGCCUAGUGCAGCACCCGUAAUCUUCUGCAGCCACGUGUCACCUAAUUUUUGUUUCUUUUUCUUCUCAUUUGGGGCUGGGCUAGUAAAUCUCUAAACUUCUACAAGGUUGUAUUAUUGCCAUCUAAGUAAAGUUCUGUGAAUUUUAUUAGUACGUGACAUGUUUGAAUCCUUAGCUCUUUGUCAUAUACUGCAGUAAAGCUGAGCUGGAAUAGAGGGACAUAGGGGCCAAAGCUGUUUGUAACAGGUUGCUCACAGCCCAGAGUCUGUGAGAAAGGAUAGUUUGCCAGGGUUAAAAUUCCCAGUGAAAGGGAGAGCUGUGUGGAUCCAUCACGGUGUUUCAGCUGUGUGGAUCCAUCACGGUGUUUCGUUGCACCAGAAGCAGUUUAGUCAUGCUGGCCACAUGACCCGGAAAGCUGUCUAUGGAUAAACGUUGGCUCGCUCGACCUGAAAGCAAGAUGAGCUCUGCACCCCAUAGUCACCUUUGACCUGGCUUAACCAUCCAGGGGUCCUUUACCUUUACCUUACUCUUGGAAGAUAGUGAAGCUAAGGGCCAGAGUGUCCGGAUUAGGGCUGGGCAAUAUUUGGUUUUCAACAUUGCGAUAUAUCACAAUGUCUGAAAUAAGGAUGGAGCUACGUAGAAGCAUUGGCUGUCUUCACUGUUUCUCCCACAUGGUGAUUUCUGCAUAGUGCGCAGACACACCAGGAUUCGCAGUAUAUUGCCAGGUCAAAAACAAUGAAACCGUGAACAUGAUACAGACUCAAAAUGGUUUUGGACAAUAUAUCAAGAUAUUGCUCAGUCCUAGUCCAGAUGGACAAUGGCAGAACAAGCAGGAGAAGUGAAUCUGGGUGAAGGGUAUAUGACUAAGUUUAAACUGGAGGAUCUUAGUUGCUGCUUCCCUUUCCAUCUUAAAGAGGAAAAAUCUGCCUCAUUCAGACUUUUUAUCAGGCCAGUCUUUUUUUCUUUGAGAGCUCUGUGGAAGAAUUCUGAAGCUGCUGGAAAAAAAGGGACCUGGGAUUUUCAGUGAAGGAAAAGGAGGAACUUCUGCCAUCAGACUUGAGAAAACAGGUUCCUGAGCUAAACCCUGGCACAAUGUAACCCUGGGUGGGAACGAAAAAGAGAGAGCUUGGCUGGGACCAGGGAAAUGGAGCAAAUCGCCUAGUAGUAAAAUAACCUCCUAAUCUUGGUUUGCCAAGGUCACAUUCUGUCUUAUAAUUAAUUAAUUAAAUUUAUAUACUGCCCAAAAAUCACAGGGCAGUUCACAACAUGAAAAUACAAAAUGAGAAAAUUCAUAAUAAAACCAAGAACAAAAAUUAACCACUACCCUCCCCCCAUUUAAAAGAACAUAUUGUUUUAUUAGCCAAAGUCCUGGGAGAAAAGGAAUGUUUUCACCUGGCACCUAAAGAUAUGUAAUGAAGGCACCAGGCGAGCCUUCCUGGGGAGAGCAUUCUACAAAUGGAACCACCACAGAAAAGGCCCACUCUCUUGUUGCCGCCCUCCAGACCUCCCAUGAAGGAGGCACACAAAGAAGGGCCUCACAUGAUGAUCAUAGUGUCUGGGUCAGUUCAUACAAGGAGAAGGCUGUCCUUGAGGUAUGAGGCACCAAGGACAUUAUGUCUUGUUCAUGAGGCACCUAUUGAGCCCUCUGAAAACAUGACCAUCAUGGACCUCCCUCCCUCCAUCUUUGGUGUGUGUUUGCGCUAUCAAGGAUGAUUUCAUUUAUAGAAAGCUGUUUAUUGCCAAGGGAACGAAACUGCUUUCAGUAGAUGGAUUAAGUUUGGUGAACAAGGAGUUGGAAGGAAAAAUGGAAGACUCAUCUCAGGUGGAUUCUAGGGUGUUCCACAUUAUUGUAUCAAUAACUAAAGGUGGGCCAUAUAUACAGUAGAGAAGGCACUUAAUAUCUGAAUGACAACUAAUAGAUGGCAUUCACAUGUCUUUGUAGGUGUAGCCCAUAAAAGCCUGCCCAGGCAUCUCAGGGGUGAUAUUUACAGAGGGCAUUCUGCCUUACAGAUUUGAAGUUCUUUCAAAUGUGACUUUCAGACUUCUGGAAGCUUGUAAAUUUUACUUCAAAAAAUGAAGUGGAAAGUAUUGCCUUGUGUUCUAGUAUGCAGCUGUCUAUAAUUUAAGUACAGAUCGACAAUUGUAGCCACCAGUCUUCCAGAAUGCCCGUUUAACCUCAGCACCUACAUCUUCACAAGAAAUGGCUUGUGUGGUUUCUGAAAGUUGCUCAGAUCGGACUUUUGUCAAGUUGUUUAAAAGGGAAGGUGUUCUAUAAUUGUGGUGACUCACGGUCAGUCUUGGAAAUACAGUGGUGCCCCGCAAGACGAAUGCCUCGCAAGACGGAAAACCCGCUAGACGAAAGGGUUUUCCGUUUCUGAGUUGCUUCGCAGGACGAAUUUCCCUAUGGGCUUGCUUCGCAAGACGAAAAUGUCUUGCGAGUCUUGAGAUUUUUUUUCCGCUCCCCCCCCUUUUCUAAGCCGCUAAGCUGCUAAUAGCCUUUUAGCAGCUAAGCCUUUAAUAGCCGCUAAACCGCUAAUAGCGCUAAUCCGCUAAUAGGGUUGCUUCGCAAGACGAAAAAACCGCUAGACGAAGACACUCGCGGAACGGAUUAAUUUCGUCUUGCGAGGCACCACUGUAGUGAUAAAACAGAGAGGGACAUGAUCUGCUAUGGAGGCCUCAGGUUUGACAUAAAACUCUUGAUAGCAAGAGCCUGAAUUACUUCCAAAGAUAGGAAUACAAACGUAGAAACUGUAGCAUUCUUUUCAACAAAAAGCCAGUUUAUUAGGCGAGAGUAAAGAUAGUACAAUAUUUAUUUUCAUAACAUGUAACGUAUCAAUGUCAAAAUUCAACCCAUCUUUGUGGCUACUAUGGUAUGGUGGUAUGAGUCUGCUGCCUUAUGAAGUUUAUGUGGGCAGCAUGGAAAGUCGUAUCAAUGAUCAAAAUGGUCCCCUACAGUUUCUCCUGCAAUCUCAAUCAGUCCCUUACAUCAUCUAAAGGCAAUUUGUAGUUUGAUUACACUUUUUAGCAUACCGGGAUUUCUAAAAGUUGGAAGAACACAGAUGUUUAAAAUAUCUGUGUACCUAACCAAGGGUAGAUAAGUAAAUUUUAUCCAGACAUUAUGUAUUUAUCUUCAUGCUAGAUUGUUAAAACCCAAGAUCGCCUGAGCCACAUAAUAACAUGCUAAUUGAAUAAAUUACUCACAUACAAUAAAAAGAUCAGAUAUUAAGAAAAAAAAACCAAGCAUUCAACAGUGCUAAAGUAUGCAGAAGCAAACUAAGAAAACAAAAUAUACACCAAACAAUCUCAAACCAAACUGGCUAAAGAGUUAACGUCAAAGAAAGUGCACUUCAGAACUUCUUGAUACCCUCUUUAAAAGUAGUAAACCAAGGGUGUUAAAAUAUUCAUUAUUUCAGCUGCAGUGCAACUGCUAAAGGCUCAAUUAUAUAAAUGUAAUUUUGAUCACAUUUAAAUACUUUUAACAGAUAAUAUUGAUAUUAUUUAAAAUAGGUACAAAUGAUUUUUGCAAGUUUUUUUUUAAUGUUCCCUAACAUGCAUGGUUAGAUAAUGGCUUUAUAUAAUAUCACUAAUUUAAGAAAAUCUGGUCAAUUUCUUUUAGAUUCUUAAGAUUUCAAAUUCAUAAAUAAGUAUUUUUAAAUAUUUUCAUUUAACAUUCAUACUGGGUAUGUUUAGCUUUGUUUCCUUCCUGUUUCCAGGUACUCAUUGUCUAAAGAGAACAAAUUCUUUUUCUAUCACAAUCAAAACUUAUCUGUUACUAGACUGCACACAGUAACAUGUGACAGUAAUUCAAAUUCAUUAUUUGAAAACAGAAUUACUAACGAAAUCUAAAAGAACUGUAUCACACAGGCAGAAUGAUCAUUGCAUAUGCCUGCACUGUAGAAUGGAUUUAAGUUCUACUUUGGCAGUUUAAAACUUUCUGAUUUAUUUAACAUAACGUUAGAUCUGCCCAGUCAAUAUAUUGAUUCUGAUAACAUCAAAGGCUUCUUGGCUUGCGUUAACAGCUACUCAGCAGGUAGCUGCUGGGUUUAGGAUAAGCAAACUUCAGUUCACAUAUCUCUUUACUUUUAAUUUGGAAGGAAAGCUUUAAAAGUUCAUUUACAAUAUUUAGUACAGUGCUAUAAUACAUCCAUAUCUAUUAUCUCUAUUUUUUCCUCAAUGUUUUUUUGUUUCUCCCCUCUGGAUCGCAGGGUUGCCACUAUUCAUCUGUUCAUAGGUCUUAUCUUCAGGUAGGACUAGCUCAUGUAAGGCUUUUUCCACAUCCGCUGUUCCAGUUGUCGGGGUUGUUUUUGGCAAGGUCAUCUGAAGGGCACACCACAGCGUAGUGCGAGCUUUGCGUGUUGCUGUGCACAUCUCUUUAAUGGCCAGCGCAAGAGCAAAAACAUCUGAGAUGGGGGGGAAACAAUAUUUGAUGUUGCUACUCUUUUGAAGUGUUCAAAAUUGUGUACUUUAGCACAGAAAACUGCAUUAAUGUUUUGCUGCUUUCACUGGCUGUUGUACAAGAAUAAUUCCUGUCAGUUUGAACAGUGGUAGAAAUGCAAGGUAUGCAAAUUAUGAAUGCCAAAUACACAUUCUCUCCCUAAAGAACAGAAUCCACAAGGAACUUCUUCAAAGACUCAGUGAAGCAAAAAGAAACAGCUAAACAGCUAAACUUACAUUUGUGUUUUUGCAUACCUCCCAUUAUUUCAAUAAUCCAUUUGCAAGAGAUAUUCAAGGAGAUAAAGAUUUCUGAGCUAAUCAGUCAAGCAUAAUGUGAAUGAAGCAGCUUUCCCUACAAGUCAUGUAAACAAUAACUGAUAGUUGUCUUAUAAAGGAUAAACAUCUCUUAGGGAUGAUGAAAGGCUGGGAAAUCCUACUAUUGGCAGGGCCUAGAGACUAAAUUCUCCAUGAAGUCCCUUGUAAGUAGUGAGUGCAGAAGACAUCUGUGAGUACAAGUUCUCGCUCCUUAAAGGAGUUUGGGUCUCCUAAUUCUCCUUAAAAAAGAGUGGUGGAGUGUUUUUUUCGUGCAUUCCACUAACAUAAUUCAGAGUGUUCCAAUUACCACUGUUUCAUAUGGUGGGUAAAAAUGGGUAGGCAAUUUAAGGCCCGUGGGCCGGAUGCGGCCCAUUCGCCUUCUCAAUCCGGCCCGCGGACAGUCUGGGAAUCGGCGUGUUUUUACAUGAGUAGAAUGUAUCCUUUUAUUUAAAAUGCAUCUCUGGGUUAUUUGUGGGGCCUGCCUGGUGUUUUUGCACGAGUAGAAUGUGUGCUUUUAUUUAAAAUGCAUCUCUGGGUUAUUUGUGGGGCAUGAGAAUUCAUUCAUUUCCCCCCUCAAAAUAAAGUCUGGCCCACCACAUGGUCUGAGGGACAGUGGACCAGCCCACGGCUGAAAAAGGUUGCUGACCCCUGGGUAAAAAAGAACAGCAUGAAAGAAGAACCAGUGUACAUGAUGGAAUACCACUCUUUAAUUCCAGAAGACAUUCUGGAUGCAUUGCAUCAAGUAAUCUGGCAUCUCAACUCUGAACCUUGUACCAAUGUUUAGCACUGUAAUGAAAACCCAAAAGUGCCAGGGGAGACUUACAGUAUAUGGCAGUAAACUGAUUUAGCAGUCAAUACACCAUAGUCAAAAGAAUUUGUUUGCACAGCAAUUCUUGGAUUGUAGUGAUCAAAUCAUUUACAGUGGUACCUCGGGUUCUUAUAUAUGCUUCAGGUUACAGACUCCUCUAACCCAGAAAUAGUGCUUCACGUUAAGAACUUUGCUUCAGGAUAAGAACAGAAAUUGUGCUCCGGCGGCGCGGCAGCAGCAGGAGGCCCCAUUAGCUAAAGUGGUGCUUCAGGUUAAGAACAGUUUCAGGUUAAGUACGGACCUCCGGAAUGAAUUAAGUACUUAACCCGAGGUACCACUGUACUCCAAAGCAGCCUUGGUGAAAUCCUACUGAAUCUAAUACUACUUUGGAAAUUGUUAUCUAGUACACAAUGUGCUUACUCUUUGCUAGGUGUGUAAAUUUCAACCAAAUAUUAAACAUGCCUCUCUUAUUUGGAGCAAAAGCCCUGAAACAGCUCCAGGCAGAGAAACUGGGAGAACAAAUAUUAAAAGAAAAGUGCACCUCUAUCAUCUUGACAUCUGGGAGCUCCUUGUCUUUGCCGAUGUGAAGCAUUGACAAUUUCAUCCUUUCUACGGGACUGCACAAUGUGAAUUGCUUCCAGGUGCUUGUCAAGAGCAGUAGAGAUGUUAGCAUGAAGAGGAGAACUUCGCAGGCGUUCCAUUUUUCCCAGCAGAGUCACAACCUGCAAAUAUUAAAGAAGAGCAAUUUAAAUUCUUUCAUAGUUCUCUUCCUUCCUAUAUAGCAGUUCUUAUAAGGUAUGUUGAUGUCUGUCUAUAAAUCCACAGCUACAAACAUCUCAUUUAAAUCGGAACCAUGUAACUAGCUUUUGGUCUUGUGUUUCUCAAAGAGCAGAUCCCCAAGUCAUAUAGCAAGAUGGGUUUUUUAAUUUAAGCGUUUCAAGGUCAUCUAAUGCAAAUGAGAAGCUAAAGUUUUGAACCCUGUUGAUUUCAAAAUAAUCUUAACAUAAACCUAUAUAGGGUUCCUAAGUAAUGCUAUCCUGGCACUGAAAAGGCUGAUUCCUAAUUCACUUUAACAACAUACUGUAGUCUUAAACAAUUCUAAUGGGUAUUUAGAACCAAAGUCAUAAUGUAAUACUGAAGUUUAAUUCAGCUGUACACCAAUAGUUUAGUUAAAGGUUAGUUCCAGGAAAUUAUAAUGCAUUGCUUUACUGAUUUUUUUUAAUUGUCAGUUUAUCAAGGCACAAUGCAUAAAUAUAAAACCAUGUUUCUUAAGCUACAAACUUUAUCACCAGUGGUGGUAGAUGGUCACUGGGACUUGUAGGGUGGGAAUCAUAGAAAUGUAGAGUUGGAAGGUGUUACCAAAGGUCAUCUAGUCCAACCCCCUGCAAUGCAGCAGGAAUUGCAACUAAGCACCCCUGACAGAUGGCCAUACAACCUCUGCUUUAAAAGGGGCGCAACACCAAAUGGAGGUGGCACCAACUAAGGGAAAACUGAAGCUAAGGGGGAAGCAGAUAGCCACAGCCACCCUCUGGAACUGGUUGUAAAUGAGAAGGCAGGUGGGCCUGGAGAAAUCAAGACUGAUGGGCGUGCUCUAAUGUAUCAGCCUUCACUGCUAAUUACCCUCUUGAAUCCAGCAAGGCACAACCAAGUUCUUCCCCAAAGUACAGAAAGCACUAAAAUUCAAACAGCAUAAAUUCAAGGCACACUUCUGAAUUGUUACAUCCUUGCCCUUUGUUGAACUUUUGAGUUGCCUGUAUGUAUAUAUCAAUCAAAACUAAAUUCACCAAGGAAGGAAAACAUCCCAUAUCCCAAUGAAUUCUGUUAAAUUAUUGGGGUUUUUUUACACGGGAGAACCACAUUUUCAUGCCAGCAAAGCCAUGCAGUUCUAAGGCAAAUAAAUAUAUCUGGUUUAACUCAACGAAGGAACAUAUGGAUUUGAUUGGGGGGCAAGGGAAAGCGACUAGCCUAUAGGAGGUUUACCAGGUUGGCUGUGGGAACCUACAGAAAACAGAUUAAGAACUACACUGACAGCUUCAGAAAGGACAGUGCCAGGAGGUUUGGCCAGGAAAGCAAAGGGAAAGUUUUGAUAACCCAUUUUGGAUCAGGACCUCAAAAGAAAUGCAUGGUGAAAAAUGACCAGAUUUCCCUAUGAAAUGACUUUUCAGAAGAUAAGCGCUGCCUUGCUAAUCAAGUAAUCCAAAGUAGGUCAGAAGACUAUGAACCAAACUACAUAAUCACUUCCCCAACUUUUUGAACUUUUCUCCCUUUUUUCCAGUUCCCACUCCCUACAACCAAACACCUUUUCUACAGUUGAAUGUGCAGGUAUUCUUGUGUGCAGCCUGCUGUAAGAUGUGAGUUCAUG